UAUGGCGCACGAUUUCAAUAACAGAAACAUGUUUCCACGUCUCGUUGACAGUGUUUUAUAAAAUGCAGAAACGAAUAAAGAUACGAAGAUUCUAUUAUCGUGUACAGUGAAUUUUAGUACAUAUUAUAGUACGUAUCAUGGCGUAUCCUACAAUUAAUUUAAUCGACAUAAUUAUUGACGAAGUCGCCUUGGAAGGUCUGGACGGAAUCACGUUACAAGCAUUAUGGUUGCGUUUAGAACAACGUCUACACAAUCCUGAAGCAAUUCCAAAACCAUUAAUGACUCAAGUUUGGUCAAUAUGUGUAGCUGUUAGAGAAUUUGCAUUUUGUGAACUACAGACUGCAAGAGAGCCCCUUGUCAUCUUUGAUCGUUAUGAAUAUGUAGAUCCUGAUUUAGGUAUCAUAUUGGAACCUGACCAUGUGCCGCCAGAUAUUUAUCCACAUUGUCCCAUUUAUAAUGCUGCGACAGGCAUCAAAGGAUCAUGUUCAAGUUUUUCCACUCGUAAAGACAUAACAGAAUAUGUCAGAAAUCUUACUUUAGAUGAGGUCACACAAAAAUAUGGAAACAAGUUGGUCAUUGUUGCAUCGCAGUAUACAAGAAACCAUGCAUUAAUGGGAGAAGAAGUGUCUCCUUUGAUUGAUCUAAAUGUGAUACAAUACUGUUUCCUCGAGAGAGUAGGCAGGUCACGGUAUCAUGGCGAAGUUACACAGGGUAAACUGAGUCUCAGUGCACUGAAGGAGGAUCCUAAGAGUUUAUUCUACCAUAGAAAAUUAUUGUUACGUCACAAGCUGAUAACAAAGCAGAUUCAUCAUCAGAAAAGUGGUGGUCACAGUUGUAAUGGAAGUCUGUUACAUCUUACUAGGUUUUUUGUUGAAAGAAAACCUAAAGCAAUUUUUUUAGCAGAAGAAGUUAUUAAGAUUUUACAGUCAAAGCCUAAUUGUGUUGCUGAUUAUGACGAAAUAAAACGUAAGUUAAGAAUUGAGAAUGCAAUUAAGAAAUUGUUCAAGACUUCAUUCUUUCAGAAGAUUGUCAAGACUGAUAUUAUAGUACCAUACAGAACAUUAUAUCCAAAUGCAGAGCCUACAGAGUGGCAGCAAAAGAAUAAUCCAGAGAAAGAGAAGAAGAUUAAAGUAGUACAAUUAUUACUUCCCACUAUCGAUGUUGCUGAAGUAUGGAAGGACGACGUGCAGGAGGAGGAUGAAUUGCAUGAAAUAAAUAUCUCCAAUCACAAAUUCUGUGUACCAUACAUGAAACAAGUCAAUGAUAUCAUUGAGGUUGCUGGAAGCAAUGGUAUAUGUCAAGGGGAACUAGCCAAAACCAUGGGUUUAACUAGGUUGCAAUCACGUACAGUGUUGAGAAACAUAGUCAAACAAGGCAUUGUUGCAACUUAUAUGAAUGAUAUAGGCAGACAAAGAUUGACAAAGUACGUAUCAAAGAAAUUUGAGAAAAACAGCAUGUUGAGUAAACAGUUUCAUUUAGAGAUGCACAAGAUAAAGGAGCUAACAAAGCAGAUGAUAACAGAAAACGACGAUUUGAAGAACAAGGUAGCUGUAGAUCAAAAACCAGUUGACGAAAUUGUGGAAAAUGUAGAAACUAAGGAAUGUGUUGCAAUUGUUGAAAAUGAUAGAAAUGAUCAGGAGAGAUCGAAUGAAUCGAUAAUAGAAAUGCAAAAUUCUUUUCGUCUUGUUAAUAGAAUAUUGUGCAAAUAUAAUAUAACAAAACUGUCAAAUAGGUACAAACGUACAUUCUUAGGUCUAAAGAGUACUGCUACGGAAACGAAACAGAGUUCAAACGACGCCAUUACGCUCACUCACGUCACUGAAGAAAUGAAUGAGAAAGCACAAAAUACUUAUAGAAACAUAAAAGUUAAUUUCACUGUUUUGGCGCCGAUAAAAACCCGUAAGACUAACGAACUGUUUGGGUUUAUGGAAAACGUGCAGAACAGUGAAAAGGAUAAUAUUACGCAUUCUCAUAUUACGUACAGGCUAUUGCGAAGGGCUAAUAUGAUUAUAGAGGCUGUUAAAGAGCACCAGGUCAUCGACGAUAUGACAAAGUUGCUAAAGAUGAUCCACGAGGAGGAAGACAAAGAAGGCUACAUUGUGAAAAUUGAUAAGAAAUCUCUACUACGAUUGUUACAAAAGCUUUCGAAAGAUAAUCUAGUAAAAAAUAUAAAAGUAACACUGAGUAGCAACGGCAGAGACAAGUCUUUGAUAUUUAUAUGCGAUCCAAGCAUCACCGUCGACAACGCUGUUAUUCAGUCAGCUGUGGAGCAAGCAAAGCUAAAGUUCUUUUUACUGUUAUCUCAGAGAAUCAGGAUGCCCUCGAAGAUGAAUUCAGAAAAGCCAGGGAGCAGUAAAAAUGACAGCAUUAAAGAGGUCUCGGAUAAAUCGGAGGUCAAGCCCUGCUUGAAGAACUUCAAAGCUGUGUCUCCUAACUACAAGUGUGGACCCAGAGGUUCCAAGAAGUAUGGAUACAGCCCAAAAUUUAUACGCAUGCAAACGUUGCAUACUGUUUUAUAUUAUCUGGUCUAUGAACACCCUGGUGAACCAUCGAUUUCGAAAAGUGAACAAAUACAGAUUCUGCGGAACAAUGAUUGUAAUAUCACGAAUGAACUAGCAGAAGAAUUCAGCACGAUUUAUACCAAGGAUAUUAGUUGGAAAAUGUUCAUGCCGCCUCUGCCAAAAUAUACUGGUUGGCCCCAAGGCUGGACACUAAUGUGUGACGUACUUUUACGUCUUCCAUUAUCCGCAUUCCUAAAACUCCAUUACAUCCAUUACAUUAUACCAGAUUUGGAUUCAUACAUACACCAUCCCAUCCGAAAGCACUAUUUGGUUCGAGAACUGCCACCAGAGAUCCGAAAUCCUUUGCUUCAUGGGCGCAAAUACAUUUUUAACAUUCAUGAAACUAUGACGAGACUGUGCUACAUCGGAUUGGUACAAUUCGGACCUCAGAAGUUGAAAGAGAAAGAUCAGGUGUUCAUUUAUAUAAAUCGUCGAACUGAGCUGCUGGAUACAACAUCUUCUGCCCCUGGCUACCAUACAAUUGAGGAUAAACCGUAUCCAGUAUACACGUAUAAUUUCGAUGAACUGUCGACGGUUGAGAAAUACUGGUACGACAUGUGGAACACUUGCAUCAGCACUCCACUAGGUGGUCGCUUGGUUGUCCAAGGCAUGGAUAUAGUAUUGGAGGAUAUGAACAAGAAAGCUGCACUGAUGGAGGCAGUUGUGGCUCGCUCUCCAGAGGAAGCUGUGCGAAUGGACACUGGGCAUAUUCCCGGCGACCGUAAGGGAGCUGCAGGGAUAGACUCAGCGUGUUUCGCACACUUGAAAAGAAACUGGAACUGGGGACUCAAAAACAGUUCUCAGGGAAUGAAGAAGAAACGGAAUGUGCAGUGUCAAAGGGACACAUACCUUUCAACAAUAAAAGCGAAACCUAUUAAGUUCACAGAGUUCUCUGGGUUGAAGAAAGUCUCUGGUCCUCCUUCUGUGAAUGCGCUAGAGCUGAAGAGAAAGGUGGAAAUUAAGACUGAUAAUACAAAUGAUCAGAGAAAAUACGAGGCAUUGACGGGCAGCCGGGGCAUCAAACAGAAGUCUUACGUGAGGAGAGUAUUGCCACGGAAGUGUAGCAAUAGGAAGAAGAUGAAAUAUGAUGAGGUUGACUACAGAGCUUUGCAGAGGAUGAACAAACUAAGGGUGGACUGGGAUCCGUGUGAAGAUAAGAUUCUGCUGAUUUGCAAAGUAGCUAUGGUAUAUUUAUGUCCAAAUGCAAGAAAACAAAUAAUUACGUUCUCCAUGGUCAGAGAUGUUCUGCGAGAUUAUUCCGUCGUUUCAUAUAAUAAAACAUCAAGGGCUUGUCAGAGAAGACUACUGUACAUGCUCAGGCGACAGCAGAAUGUGAACAUCGUGGCUCUAGGAGUCGAGGAGGUCAAGCAGAACUUCUUUAUCAAGAAGCGUUUCAAUGACAUUAUGAACAAGCUCAAAGAAGAGCACAAGAGCUACGAGUUUGAAACACAGGUUGCGGAGGUGUUCAAGUCGUUGGUUGCGUACAUCAUUAAAAAGUACUAUGAUAUUUCAGAUGUUGAAGUGAAGGAGCCCCAUGCCAUGCCAGCCACCCCGCAAGAGUUCAAUUUGUUGUACAAAGUGGUUCGCCCUACGAAACCAUUCGGCAACCUCGGGUUUACUAAGGAUGUUCGGAACGUUAAUGACAUACACUCUGCAGUCAUUAACUCUGUCAUCCAUAGUGCCAUGUGCUGCGGGAAGGACAAGAGGUCCUGGGCAUACCAAUUGUUCAAGGUAUACGAACAGUACCCUGAAAUGCUAUUGCGAAAUGCUAUGUCAAAGAUCAGAAGUGAUCAGCUAGUCACUGUCAAAAAGAGCCAGCUGCCCACAAUCAAGAAAUUCGGUUAUUAUAUGCCAAUGAGUAGCUCGCAAUAUCAACUGAGCAGCAAUUAUGUAUGCAAAUUUCACACCAGGUGGUCUUACGACCUAUUUAAAGAAUCGUAUGAUGUUUUCCUAAAACUCAGCAGUUCUUGGUAUUACCAAACCCAAUUGAGUGAUCAGAAUGCGUCAUUGGAUAGUUAUAUGGGGGUUGAGGUGACACCAAUGACUGGCGGAGUGAUAGCAGCAACUUAUGAAUACAUAACCAGGGGUCAGAUCGAUUUUGACAUUGAGAUACCCGAUCAGGUAAUCAUGCUUGACCCAAGAUUGCAGGAAAAGGAUGAGACUUAUUUUAGAAUCGCUAAGAGAUACCAAGAUGUAUUAGUAACUUUAGAUAACUUGAACAAAAGUACUGAUAUAAUAGCUGACCUUGAGCAGAAUAGCGUCAACGAUAGCAAUCAAGAUGGUCUUUUAGAUCUGGAUACAGAAAAGAAUGAAUUUGACAUUGAAGAAAGGAAUUUUGAGGAUGGCAAGAGUCUUGCUGAUUAUGACGAGAACUUUAGUAGCGAUGAUGAUGAGAUUGCUUGCAAUGUUGCUGAUGACAAUACAAUUAAAUUCCAAGAUGGCACCAAGAUUGUGUUGAACAAGGAAGACGUUGAGCGUGCAACCAUAGGCGAUGACGACUCAGCAAUGGAGAUUGAAAAUGACAACAGUCACAGAUCUCUAUUAGUUGAUAAUGAAAAUUGUACUACAAUGGAUAUACAGAAAGAUCUGACGAGUAGAGAUAAAAGGGUUCGCAAUGAAGGCGGAAAUGAGUUUGAUGCAGAUGAACCAAGAAAGAAGAAAUUCAAGCCUGAUACCGAAGCGAACAUCAAAGAGGAUUUCAAUGCAUUACUAACUGUAAAUAAAAGCACUCUACAGGAGGUUGAUAAUGCUAAUAAAGUAAAGCAUGGUGCUUCAGACAGCAAGAAUGAGAUUGUUGUACCAUCGAGGAGUGUGAAUGGACAGGUCUUCACUCGAGUUAGUGACAUACUAAAGAGCAUUCCUGUAGAACAAUGUUAUCUGCGUCAGUAUUGCAAGAUUGAUGACUCGGGUGAUGCACACAAGAAAUACACUCGAUUGGCUUUGCUGAGGAUGAGAGAAGAGUUGUGUAACUUAACAGUAGCUGAUAGUCAUCACGCGCACGAGUAUUUUGUGGUAAACAUGUUUAAAGUAUAUUAUUCGUUAACUUUACCAAAGCCAGAUACUUUAAGCGGAGGUGCGGUCUUUGAAGACUUUUUGGUGCCCUCAGAACUGUUGCCUUUAGGAUUGGAUGCUGCAAAUGAUCUAAUUAAUGAUCUGAAUGAGUCUGCUGUUUUUCCUAGCAGUGGGAUUUCAUUUUCUGACUUCAAGGAAAAGAUAGAUUCGAAAUUCAGUUUGGAAGACAUAGAGGCAGUCUACGAGUUUGUACGUGAGAAGAAGGAAUUAGGGACCAGUAUUUUAGAACUGACGAAUCAGUUUGUGGGUACUUUAGGGGAAAAUUUAUUGCACAGCAUUGUUACACAGCUCGCUAAACACUGUCUGUUUCUGAGGUCUGGAGUAACAACUGUUCGGUAUAUUCAUCAUCACUAUGCUGACUCCUGGAUGAUACGAUCGUAUAAGAUUUAUCGUCUUGAAAAGGAGUCGUUAGUUCCAAUGCCUCAAAAUACAGUUUAUAUCAUGGAGCCUGAAGUGAUAAUAGAUGAAGGCAGUGAUGCAAAUGUAACUAAAGAGAGUGAGAUUCCCAAGGCACUAUCAGAAACUAAAACAGCUGAUACUGCUGAGGAUUUUGUAGAAAUUAAGGUAGAGAAAAAGAACUUGGAAAAUGAUGAUUCUGAUAAGGAAUUCCUUGAGGAUGAAGAAAACGCGCAAGCGAAGAAGAGAACGCUGAGAAAGAGAACAGGGCUGCUGCCACAAAAAGAUAUAUCUAGAGCUGCCAAGCAGUUGGCAGUAACGAAGGAAGAGAUUAAAGUUAUCAUCAAACCGUGGAUCAGAAUAGACGGUGUUUUAAACAGAAGAGUCCUGGAUCGAAUGUUAGGCUCAAUAUUAUUAUAUUGUUUGACACAUCCGGGCAUACCGCUGUCGAAAAUUCAAAAUCGAUUUCUUCCUGUACUGCAACCUUGUCAUACACGCGAGUUGAUUGAGUUACUGAUAAAGUUAGAAUGCUUGGUAAAGAUAAUUUUGGAGAAACCACGCGUAACUUUAUUUUCAAAGCCAGCGCGAAUCGAGCCAAAGAUUACAAAUAAUGAUUGGAAUGUUGAGGAAGAUAUUUUUCUCGAGCCUGCAACAGGAGCUAUGUUGAAAUUCUCAAUCUUUUUGAGUACUAAAAGCUACACCUCGGAUUAUAUUAAAUAAAACGCUUUAAAUAAACAUUGUUAAAUGUUACAAAAUAUGAAUUUAUACAACGAUUGUAUCAACUGAUACAUGUAUACAAUUCAUGAACAUAUAGGUAUAAUAUAAAAUCUUUUUUAUUAAAUAUGUAAAAUAUUUAUUUGCAAGUACUUUAUAGAAUUGUUAUGUUGACGAAAAAAUUUUGAUUUUUGACACGAAA